UGAUAUAUAUUAUUGAAUUGGUGUAGGAUAUAACUAUGAAAGGUGAUGAGCUUGUUGAAGGAAAAUUAGAUUGGAAGGGAAGAACAGCUUUGAAGUAUAAACAUGGAGGAUUUAGGGCUUCCAUGCUCAUUCUAGGAACGUUUGCGUUUGAAAAUUUGGCGACGUUAGCAUUGGCGGUGAACUUAAUCACAUACUUCAUAGCAUUCUUACACUUCCAAGUAGCCGAUGCUGCAAACCACCUUACAAAUUUUAUGGGAACUUCUUAUAUCCUCUCAAUUCUCAUGGCCCUCUUAGCAGACACCCUUGUUGGUAGAUUCAGAAUUACACUCAUUUCCGCACUCCUUGAACUCAUGGGAUUCACACUGCUAACAAUCCAAGCCAGUAUGCCGAAGCUGAAGCCACCACCAUGCAACCUCUUAGACCCAACCGCAACAUGCGAGGAGAUCUCGGGAGGCAAUAAGGCGCUUCUUUUCGUUGGCCUUUACAUGCUAGCAUGUGGGAGUGGCGGGUUAAAGGCGGGUCUUCCAACACACGGGGCAGAUCAAUUCGAGGAAAAUGACCCAAAAGAGGCGAAGCAGAUGUCGAGUUUCUUCAACUUGUUGUUGUUGGCGUUGUGCCUAGGUGGCGCUAUUAGCUUGACACUUCUUGUUUGGAUUCAAGACAACAAAGGGUGGGAUUGGGGUUUUGGUGUCUCCACAAUUGCUAUUUUCUUGUCUAUCAUUCUUUUUGUAUUUGGAAUGCCCAUUUACCGGUUUCAAACUAUUCAAGGAGAUAAUCCCAUGUUUCAAAUCAUACAGGUGUACGUGGCAGCGAUUCGAAAUAGAAAUCUAAGUCUUCCAGAGGAUCCAUCAAACCUAUAUGAAAGUAACAAAGACGAAGAAGCUGCUAUCCAAGCUAACUUCCUUCCUCAUACACAAGCAUUUAGGUGUUUAGACAAGGCAGCAAUAAUACAAGAAACAACUACUUCUCCAUGGAGACUAAGUAGGGUAACACAAGUGGAGAAUGCCAAGACCCUCCUAGGUAUGUUCCCGAUUUUCGGGUGCACAAUAAUCAUGACACUUUGUCUAGCUCAACUCCAAACAUUCUCCAUUCAACAGGCUCAAACUAUGGACAGAAGUGUCAUAUCACCAUCCUUUAAGAUUCCACCAGCCUCACUAGCUAUUCUCCCAGUAAUUUUCCUUAUCUUCCUCAUCCCCAUCUACGAUCGCCUUGUUGUCCCCUUCCUUCGUCGCCUAACAGGCAUCCCCACAGGUGUCACACACCUCCAACGCAUAGGGGUAGGCCUAAUCCUCUCGGCCAUCUCCAUGGCCGUCGCAGCUAUCCUAGAAGUAAAACGAAAGGGGGUUGCCCGAGACCAUGGCUUGCUCGAGGCCAUACCUCAAGUCCAAGCCCUACCAAUUAGCAUCUUCUGGCUCUCCUUUCAAUACUUCAUAUUCGGGAUAGCUGACAUGUUUACCUAUGUAGGGUUACUCGAGUUUUUCUACUCCGAGGCUCCAAAAGCUCUCAAAUCUUUCUCAACUUCCUUUCUUUGGACUUCUAUGGCUUUAGGGUACUUUUUAAGCACUAUUUUGGUGAAGAUUGUUAAUAGUGCAACUAAGAAGAGUACUAGAAGUGGAGGAUGGUUGGUUGGGAAUAAUCUCAACACCAAUCAUUUGAAUCUAUUCUAUUGGUUACUUUCAAUUAUGAGUUUGAUUAAUUUUGUUGUCUAUUUGUUUGUUGCUAAGAGGUACAAGUAUAGGGUUCAAAUAAGUACAAGUCCAACCAAUGUGGACUAUUAUCAUUCCAAUGAGAUUGAGCAGAAGAGCAAUGCAUUGUGA